GACAACAGGUUUGUGAUCCAGUAAAUCGUAAGGCUGAUCGAACGGGGUGUUGUCUAGUACCAGUGUCUGUGAAUUUCCAAAGAGUCAAGAAUUGGGCAGGCAUUUGAGACGACGGCGAACCCAUCUGCGCACUGCUCAAAGACAUUAUGGCCCCCACUGCAAGUGUCACGUUUAAAACUCUGUCCGACGACGAUCUGCGUCAACAUGUGAUAAAGCUUGGCCUGGACCCUGUUGGACCCAGAACAACUCUACUGGACCGCGUGGCUCGGUAUAUGGCUAUGAACGGUGUAAGCGGCGAGCAGGCCAAUGGUAACGGGGUUAAUGGGGUAAAUAAGGAAAAUGGCAAGAAAACAGAGAGCCAGAAGAAGCGGCGAAGAAAGAAGAAAGGGGGAAAGAAUGAUACCAAGCAAGGAAGAACUGAAGAGGGAGCCGAUGAGGUGACGAUGGACGUGGAAGUAGAAUAUGUAGCUGCACCUUUGGAAAUUGCAGAUCCAGCGUUUGAAGAAUACAACCAGGUCUUUGCACGAUUUACGGUAUCACAGACAGUGGAUGAAUCCGACCAGGAUGAGGGCACUGGUGAGGUCGAUAAACAUGGUGAAAAUGCGGAAGGAGGGGAUGUAAAGGAGGAGGAUACGAAAGGAGAGGAGCUUUCAGAUGACGAAGGCGAGGGAGGGGUUGAUGGGAAGGUGUCCAGGAAAAAAUUGCGGAAACUCAACCGGCUGUCGGUUGCCGAGUUGAAGCAGUUGGUAAAGAAGCCAGAAGUCGUUGACUGGGUAGAUGUUACAGCUGCGGAUCCUAAGCUGCUUGUACACCUGAAGUCAUAUCGAAACACUGUGCCUGUUCCAGUACACUGGAGUCAAAAACGCAAAUAUCUGCAAGGAAAGCGUGGUAUUGAAAAGCCACCGUUUGAAUUGCCAGAUUUCAUCAAAGCCACAGGAAUCAUGGAAAUGAGGUCGGCUGUGAAGGAAAAGGAGGAUGCUCAGAAGCUGAAGAGCAAGUCACGCGACAGGGUUCAGCCAAAGAUGGGCAAACUGGAUAUUGAUUAUCAAAAGUUACACGACGCCUUUUUCCGUUGGCAAACAAAACCGAAAUUGACUAUCCAUGGUGACCUGUACUACGAGGGGAAGGAGUUCGAAACGAAACUGAAGGCGAAGAAACCGGGGCAAUUGAGCGAAGAAUUGAAAGCCGCUCUAAGCAUGCCUCCACUGGCUCCCCCACCAUGGCUCAUCAAUAUGCAACGAUAUGGUCCUCCCCCAAGCUAUCCUCAACUAAAAGUUGCCGGUUUGAAUGCACCAAUCCCGGAAGGGGCACAAUGGGGUUAUCAUCCUGGAGGAUGGGGCAAACCACCGGUCGACGAAUAUGGCCGACCGCUGUAUGGAGAUGUGUUCGGAACAAUGGCUCAAGAAGUACAACUAGAGCACGUGGCGCCAAUUGAGAAAGCACGAUGGGGUGAACUGGAAGAAGAGGAGGAAGAAAUAGAGGAAGAAGAAGAGGAAGAGGAGGAAGAGGAGGAACAAGGCGAGGAGGAAGCGGACACAGCAGAGAGUGGAUUGGUUACGCCAAGUGGUAUUAGCAGCGUACCCAGCGGCCUUGAGACGCCUGAGUACAUUGAAUUGCGGAAGGACGCAAGAAGGGGGGUUCUGGAGGAAGAACCUAAGCAACUUUACACAGUCAUACCCGAGCGACAAACAUCUGUCAAAGGUUUUAUGGGAAGUCAGCAUGUGUACGACCUAUCCGCAGCCGAGGGAGCUCGAGGAACAAAGCGAAAAGGAGGGGCGGGAGUUGACGUCACAUUUAACCCAGAAGAUCUGGAGGAGGGGCUUGACGAAGAGACGGUCAAACGAAAGUACGAACAACAGCUGGACGUCUCCAAGGGGGAACAUGCUCGAGAGGACUUCUCGGAUAUGGUUGCAGAACAUGCACAAAAGCAGGCAGCCAAAAAGCAAAAGAAAGAUAAGGCAGACAAGGGGAGCAAGAAGGAGAAGUUCAAGUUCUAAGGAUGUCCCACGUUAUGUUCUGGCAGGAUUUCGUUUUUAUAGGGCUGUAAUAUAUUUCUUGUUGGAAUGCCUUCGUUGUGGCAUAUACUGUGAUCGCGCCCAUACAUUCUCGGGAUUUGACUGCGUGAUUUUUGUGACGAUCAAUUCUUCACACUCAAUUUUUUUAUGCCAGAAUACACAGCAAUGCUUGAAUGUC